CUCUUUUGAUCUUUGAUCCUGAAAAUGUAAGAAUGGCUAACGAAGAAGACGACGUGGAACUAGCAGAAGAAAACAUAUUGUAUGACUUAACAGUCCAAGCUGAAUGGCCACAAGAAUCAGAAAUUUUUACAAGAGGAGCCAGAGAUAAAGGCCAUGUAUCUUUACUGGGGAGACUAACAUCAGUAACACAAAGAAGUAUUUGGACAUUUUUGAGAACUCUUGGAAUCCCAAUCAUAUCUGCAAGUCCUUGUUCUUUACCACAGAAUUUACUGAAGUUAGUAAACAGUCAGAUAAAUUGGCAUAUUGCCAUUGCAAGUGAAUGUACAUACAUUGCAAUACUUCAAGACCAGUGUGUGGAAAUCAGAUCUAAAAGGGACAAUUUUGAGAAUGUGGUUGGUAGAGGUGUUGUUCCCAGAGAUCCAUACCCGCAAUGGCGACAGGUGACAUGGAGCCCAGAUAAUACCAUGGUAGCUUGCUCUAGGAGCAAUGGGACAGUAGAUGUGUUUGAUAUUGUUGGGACACAGCUCUUCGCUAUCAGUGGGGAAGCCCAAGAAGACAUGAAUAAGCCUCUAGAUUUGAGCGGUGCUGUGGCAGGGUUGUUGUUUACUGAUCUAAAGUUAGAGGCACCAUGGUCAGCAGAGUUAUUGGUUGUCAACUAUCAUGGAAGACUAAAAAGCUACCUGGUCGAUAGGGACAAAGGUUUUCAAACACGGCAUCACUUCCUGUUUAACCACCAGUAUCCUCUUGGGAUAAGUUCUAUUGUGUACUAUGAGCCAGCUAAAAUUCUAUUGGUGGGAGGACUUGGAAUGCAGACUGAAAUUGCACUGAGUCGAUCCAUGGAAGAAGGGGUGACAGCCUGGAGAAUUUUAUCUGAAUAUCCUUAUUAUAAGAUGGUGACAGAUUAUGAACAAGAUUUAAAACAGGCUCAGCAAAAAAGAACCUUAAUAAAAAGACUGAAAUCUGUAAAUGGUAUCUUCAACAGGAGACCACAUGUUCAGGAUGGUGUGUUUAAACUGUGUAUUUCUCCAGACAACAAAUUAGUGGUAGGAUUACAUUACUCUGGGAAGUUGACCAUCUGGAGACUGCCAUCACUUAAACUUUGCCAUUGCUGGGGACUUGAGGAGCAGCCUGAUUUUGAUGAGAUUAGUCCAGAGUUUACAGACAAUCCACAGAGAAGGAAGACUCUAAAAGAUUUGGUUCCAUGUAAAAAUCUAGUAGAUGUGAAUUGGUGGGAUAGUAAGUCACUUAUCCUGUCUCGUUGUACUGGUGCAGUAACAGUUUCAUCAACAAAGACUUUGAAGAAUUUACUAGGAACCUCUCCGGAAUGGUUUGAACCAUCUUCCCGUGUGACUGGGAUUCAUCAUGAUGGAUUUCUAGGUUUAGAGGUGGAAUGUGUGUUCCCUCAGAAAAGACGACUUGGUGAUACAUCUGAAGAAGAAUUCGAAGACAGUGAUGAUGAAGAAACUUCCUUUGUUUCCAAGACAACCAAACUCACAAAAGACGUACUUUAUUAUGUUACAGACAUGGAAAGAUUUCAGCCACCAAGAAAAAGACCAAAAAUAAUUAACAGAACAUACAGGCUUGUUUGUCUCAAAUCAACGACCCCAGAAGAAUUGUAUACAAGAAAGAUUGACCAUGAAGAGUAUGGAGAGGCAUUAGAACUGGCCAAAGCUUACGGUCUAGAUACAGAUAGAGUAUACCAGAGACAAUGGAAAAAAUCUGAUGUAUCUAUUGCAUCCAUUCAGGAUUAUUUGAGUAAGAUAAAGAAAAGAUCGUGGGUUUUCCAUGAAUGUCUCGAAAGAAUUCCUUACAACAUAGAUGCCAUGAGAGAACUGCUUGAGUUUGGACUUAAAGGGACAGAUUUACAGGCUUUAUUAGCUAUUAAAAAGGGGGAGGAUGGAGGAAGGUUUAUCCUCUGUGAUUCAGAAGAUGGUCUAUAUGAAGAUAUAUCAUUAGAUGAAUUUGAUCCAGAAACACAGACAAAGAAAGAGGAAUUGAAGAAAGCUAAACAAGAAGAAAUGCUGAAUGAACUGGAAUUUAAAAAUCUGAAUCUGGAACAGAGAGAAGUGUGUCGUGUCAGAAGAAAACUUCUUCAGUAUUUGUACAGAUUGAAAACUUAUGAGUGCAUUUUGGGAGGUGUCCAUGCAGCAGCAGAACGGUUUAAUGAAAAAUUCUUUCAGAAAUUCCGAUCAGAAAACAUAGUGGAGACUGCAGUUAAUUAUGCCAGGGAUAAUGAUAUAGAAGCUUUAGAAACUCUGUUCACCUUUCACUGGGAAGAUCUAAGACCUCACAGGUUAGGGAUAUUGUCUAAUUUUCCAGAAACAACAAAUCCACAUGAAUAUAGGUCACUGCUACCAGAAGUUGGGAAUGAUAAGUCAGUUAUUCCUUGGGAAGAAGACAGAUGGAGAGAAAAAGAUUGGAGUGAGGAAGAUUUUUGCAGAUCUAUAAUAGAACCAGUUUUACCAGAUCUUGGAGGUUUCUUAUAUGAGGAAAAUCCAGGCCUUAAAGAUUUCAGAAUGGCCAAUCCAAACACUGAAGAUCUAUCUAAGUGGUACAGUUUCAGAGCCUGUGAGAUCGAGAGGUUAUCACGACAAGUAGACUUAUCUGUAGAGUUGGUCAAACUGGCCACUGAGAGAGGAGUUGAGGGUUUAUCUGAACUGCUUGAUAACUUGGUUACCAUGGAGAUGCUAGUGUAUGACUGUUAUGUGGAUGAAAAUCUGACCUUUGAUGAACUACAAAAGAUGGCUGAUUAUGAUAAAUUGGAACUAAUUAUGUCCAAGGCAUCAACAGAAAUGUACACAAAGUGUCUCCACAAAUGGUUGGUACCUUUCCUUCAGCAGUGUGAACACAGACAGCCAGGGACCUUUACUUCAUUACUUAGAGAUUACAUUGUCACAAAAGCUAAGACAGAUCUUACAUUACCCACAAAAAUAUUUGAAGCAUCUAAAGCAACUCAAAAAAGGCCUAUAAUAUCAAGUCAGGAUGAUGUCAUGUCCAUGGCCCUAGAAGCUCUAUAUGUUUGUGGCAGGGAUGAUCAGCUGGACUUAGCUUUGGAAAUUUUCCAGUGCCUUCCACAGAAAGGAUAUGGGAAAGAAACAAAAGAAUCACUUAGACUGCACAAGGAAAUAGACAAGCUAGAAAGACAUCUAGGUGCGUUAAAGAUAUUACAUGAACAGGAUGUGAAGAAACCUCUACAUUAUAUCCUAGAAACAGAGAAAGAUGCAGAAGAUGCCAAGAUGUUAAUGAUAAGAUUGACAAGAGCUGCUGGCAAAAGAAGUGAACCCUUAUCAGAAAUUGCAUGGAGAAAAUUACAUGAUGAUGUCAUACAGUUACAAAAUCAAGUCUACAGAUGUCUGUCGUCUGGUCUGUGUCAUGAGAUAUUUACUGAGAGCUUGCUCUGUUCUGGGAGAAGAGAGAGCAUAACUUUAGCAGGAGAGUACAUAGAAAGAAGCAAUAAUGAGAGUCUUCCAACUCAAUCCUACACAAAGGAUUUAAAGGUGUCAUAUAAACGAGCCAUACAGCUAGUGGUUUCAUCAGCCCAGGAGUAUUUUGAUUCUUCUACAGAUAUGAAGGAUCCAUGUAUAGAUCUUGCCAGGGUAUGUUUAAAUUUGAUAAGAGACACACCUACUUUGAUACAAGAAGAACUGGAUUUGAUUAACUCCCUUGCUAUGUUGGAUGAUUUUGGUGUAUCAAUUAUACCCGCACAAGUGAGACAGACUAAAGAUAGAAUAGAAUUGAUUGAAAAAGCUCUUAGUACCAGAGAUACAUCAUACAAACAACAGAAAAAGUUGAUGCGGUUAAGUCAUUUGUUGAAAAUUGAGAAAGGAAACACCAAUUUACGGGAAGGAAAAGUUCUGCAUUUGAUUGCUAGAGGUGCAGUUAAGGCCCAUGAUUGUACUUUUGCCUAUGAAGUAUGCCAGGAUUUGAUUGAUAGAAUGUUUGGUCCUGUGUGGGAUGUCUGUGUAGAUCUAGCCAGCUUUGAAGAUUUUAAAGAUAUUUCAGCCAAGGCAGAUUUGUUGUCAUUUUCAUUAGCAUACUGUCCAGCCGAUAUGAUAGAACCUAUACUACAGGCCAAGGCUGUUCUGGAAACUCAGAUGUUAUACAGCACUAUUCACACUGACAUGGAAGUAGAUGACAAAUCAUCAGAGAGGGCGCCAUUGUCAGCCACGGCUGCUUUGCAGCAUACGACACAGAUUCUGUCCUCCACAACCAAGACAACAAAAGCUGUGUUGUCAACAGUUGCAGAUACAAAAUGGUGGCAAAGUACAAUUAAAUCAUUGAAACAACCGACCAGACGACAAGUUUCUGAGACAGUUAUUUAUGAUAAUGACAAGUUUGAGAAGCAAGGAUGCCAUCCAUUUUAUGAAGAAUUUAUCAUACCAAGUCAUCCUGAUUAUGCUGUUGUAGAUUAUACAAGGGGCAAAUCUGAAUGUGGCCACACAGCUUUAAGUGAAAGCAUACUAAGGACAGCUAAACUGGAGGAAAUGUUGACAGAAGGGGAGACUACUCAGUCAUCACCUGAAGUUCUAUUAGAGCUAGCCAAAACAAAGUUUCCAGUAGAUAGUUCACUAGGCUUAGCAUAUCUAUUGGCAUUACCAGAGACUUCAGAUGUGGAGAAGUUUUUUGAUGAUUUCCCUAAAACAGCCAUUACCCAGCAGUUGACAUUGUAUUACUAUGCCUUACAAAUAUAUGCCUCUGUCAAACCUACAGCCAUUCCAGAACCCAGUCCUCUGUACAGACAUGAUCCUGUCAAACUGAUACAGAGAGUUAUUAACUUUGUUACCAAUAGAGAUGACCUUGACUGGCCUCAGGAUGUCCUUGACUUGGUGGAAAAGUUAAAGCAGUGUUAUGAAUCUUUUGAAGAUUAUAUUCAAGCCAGGACUUUAGUUAGGAUUGGAAGUGGCGUUGAUAUUCAGAGAUUUACUGAUGACCCAGAAUAUAAAAAAGAAACCAUACUCGGUUUGACUAUGAGUGUUAAUGAUGAGAUGUAUAAUGUAGCCUGUAAUCUGGCAGAAAGAUAUGAUAUACCAUUGUGGGAGCUUUACAUGUCACAUCUUGAGUUCUUAUUUGAAAGUGGUCUUGCCAUCGAAGAAAUAGAAUCGAGAGUGAAGAAUAAGAAUAUUGUUCCAACCUUGGUAAGUCAGCCUGAAGACUUUGCUGAAAGAAUGAGGACCAAUAUCUACCCUAACCUGGAUGGUACAGAUCAUACCACUUUAAUCUAUUACUUUACUCUGCUGGCUGGAGUGGGUGACAUAAAACAAGGAGGAAUCACAGCCGACAAUCAUCUCAAGCUGCUGAAAAGACUUAAAGGUGUUGCCGUAGGUUUGGACUGUAAACAAUUGAUGAAUGGUUUAAGCAGUCCAGUCCAAUACAUAAUCCCUGUACUGACCCCCACCAAUGUGACAGCCAUUGCUAAAUUGGCAAAUAAAAUACCUGAUGGUACUGGUGGAUUUUUACAUCCCAGUGUGGUACAUUGUGCUUGGGCUGUCAAACAAUUCUGGAAUACAGAUACAAAGAAAAUACCAGAUUCAACAGCUGCCUGGGUACACAGAUAUGAAGGUUGUGGGGAAUCAUUACAGAAGUUACUACCAAUUGAUGUCAUCAACUUUAUUGAUGAAGUUGUUUUCUCAGAACAGUCAAGGGUAAAGCUGGAAGUUGAAUGUAGACUAGAAAUAGUAAAAAGAGCAUUAAAAUUUACAAGACAACAUGGUGGAAAAAAGAAAAAGCAAGAUGAUUCUGGGUGCAGGAUAAGUUGGGAGGAUGCUGCCAACACUCUACAGCAAUAUCUGAGUCACAUAGAAAGAUUAAAUCAUGAAAGUUUCAAAUCAUUGUCAAUGUCUGGUGAUGAUAUGUUGGUGGAUUAUGCUGCAAAGUUUGAUUUGUCAAAGGGAGAUAAUUUACAGUUGCAGAAGUUGUACUGUGAUAUGAUAGAGAAUGGCUAUACCGUGGAGCUCAUAGAAGACAUUAUGGAAGUGUUUACAGUGUCACCAUGGACACCACAUACAGCACUAAAGGAAGCUGUUAAUCACAUGAUACAGUUACUAAGAGAUCCAAAUGAAUUGGACAAAGAAAAGAUUCUUGUCAGACUUGAGAAAGUUGUACUUAACGUUGAAGAACAUCAAAAGCAAGGGGGGAAUCUUGUCUCUUCAGAAGAUGUUAUGGUUUUAUUGAGACCAUUCUGUUCAGAUGACAGGGUAGCAGUUCAACCAAGACUAGAUGUCUUGCAUAUGGUGGAAAAGAGUUUCCAGUUAAGUGAGGAAGAUUUAGUUUUGUUGACAUUAUACAGAACUGAGGCUGUUGUCAAGGCAACAUGGUCUGACAUACAGCUAAAAGAAGGUGAUAUAAAUACAGACAAGGCAAGACACCAGCUGUUUUUACAGUUAUUGUCCCAGAGUUCUAAUUACAAUCAUUUUAAUUCUAUUUGUGACUUACUACAACUAUGGCCUCCACUUAAAGCUGCAAAUAGCAGUGACCAUGAACAAAAUGUUUGGGUAAACAUAUUUUGUGCCAUGAUAAACACCUCAGAUUAUAAGACUGUAGCUUUGGUGGUUACAAAGUACAGAAAUAUUUGUGAUAGUGUCAGUUUGAGUAUAAAGUGUGUAAGACAUGUGUAUAACAAGAUGAUAGAAAAGAAGUACACAAUAGAAGGAGUGAAGUUUGUAUUACUGUCCACACAUAAAGAUAUGUUGUCUGCUGUUGUCACAGAACUGGCAGCUCUUGAUGAGGCAAAAGAUGAUGAAGAGUUGUUUGAUCUCCUGUUAAAGAGAAGUCUUCUGCCACAAAUUGUAUAUACUGUUUACUACAAACCUGUUAUUGGUUAUCUGUUAGCCAAUCAGAAUGUGGAGGAACAAUCACAUGACUAUAUGUUAUUGGAAAAAGUAGCCUAUCAGCUGAAUGACAAUGGAUUCAAAGCUGAGGCUGGUUCUUUAAUGUUGCAGUCCAGAUCAACACAUUCAAUGCUUCAGACUUUUGGUUCUGCUUUGGGAGCUGUAGGGAAAUGGCUCAAACAUUAAUGUUGUAUUAUGUUUAUUAAAAAUAAAUAUGCUCAAGAUUA